UACAUAAAAAUAGUUGUCAUUUCCUAUAACAUAACAUUAGGAAAAACCACCUUUUUAAGCUUUGCACAUUGUGCUACAAGGGAUUCCUGUACAGUCGGUAGCUCUUCUGUAAAAUGUCAUUCACUGACGUACUGACCAUCAUUGGGGGAUUUACGAUUGUUUUUCACCUGCUGAAACUGGCCUGGAAAUGUUGGUGUGGUCUCAGAGAGUUUGUGCUGUCAGAGUUUUGGCAAGUGGAUUUAAGGACACAUGGGCAAUGGGCAGUUGUCACUGGUGCCACGUCUGGCAUUGGUAAAGCUUAUGCCAGUGAGCUGGCACAAAGAGGCCUGGAUGUUGUUUUGGUAAGCAGAUCUGAUGAUAAGCUUCAAACGGUUGCCAAGGAGAUAGAGGAUCAGUAUGGACGAAAAACUUGCACCAUCCAAGUGGACUUCACAGAAGGCCACAGUAUCUACCCUGCUAUAGCUGAGAAACUACAAGGCCUGGAGAUUGGAAUUCUGGUAAACAAUGUAGGAAUGACCUAUUCUGAUCACUUUGCCCAUUUCCUGGAAAUACCAGAUGCUGAGCAGAAAAUCACUCAGGUUGUCAACUGUAACAUGCUGUCUGUCCCUCAGAUGACCAGACUGGUUCUUCCAGGCAUGAUUGAAAGAGGGACAGGCCUAAUCAUCAACAUCUCCUCUGAAGUGGGUGUCCGUCCACAGCCUUUGUUGUCCCUUUAUUCUGCCACCAAGAUUUUUGUAACGUAUUUCUCUCAGUGUCUGCAUGCUGAGUACAAGUCAAAGGGAAUUACUGUUCAGUGUGUGGCCCCCUUCAUGGUCUCCACCAACAUGACAAAGAACAUGAGAGUCAACUGCUUUGUGAAAAGUGCUUCAGGGUUCGUGCGAGAAGCCUUGAACACUGUGGGUCACUCCAGCUACACCAGCGGAUGUCUGUCUCAUGCACUGCAGAACAUGGCUAUCACAUUACUCAUGCCAGACUGGCUCCGUUUGUCAUCAUUCCUCAUCAGAAAGCUUCACAACCUCGCAAAGACAAGUGAAUGUAAAAGAAGAGGGAAUGAGGGAAAGGAGAAACUCAGAGAAAAGGAAGAGUAAUCAUCUGCCAAGUUCUCACGUGAAUGUUGGUUUCUGCAGCUGAAUAUGUGCAUUAGAAAAGGCUCUCUUGACUGUAGGCCCACUGCAGAUACCUAAAAAGGGUGGAAAAUCAUGGUAUGGUUACUUUGAUACAUACAUAUCAUUACUAUUAUAUUUUGUACAUGUAUUUAUUCUUAAUUAUUGCAUUAAGUUUUGAAUUAUCUAUGGAGCAAACAUGUUCAACAGCCUUAUUCACUGGAACCUUUAAGUGUCACUGAGUCACAAUAGCUGCAGGGAAACACAACAGAGUUUCUCUCUCCAUUGUUCCUAUUGCUAUUUACAGUAUAUACUGUUAGACUUACACAGAUAUACAGACACAAUUGGUUUGUAUUGCAGUUAAGCGACCUUUUAAAUACAUAUAGUCCGUUGCAAUUUUACAAUAUUGCAGUUACAAAGAUAACAAUACACAGCACAUUUGGCAUGUUUACUCCUAUGUACAUCUACAGCAAAGACCAUUAGUAAACAAGAGUCAGUCAUUUCUGAGGUUUCUCGUUGACCAUUAAUCACAACUCAAGAUGGAGUUUGACAAAAUGGCCAAGUCAAGACAUGCAAAGUGCUUUAUCAGCGACUUCCUAUUUAUUGUGUUAAAGGUCCACACAGUGUUGAACGCUAUCAAACGAAACAUGACAAGAGUGCAGUAACAUUUUAUUGUGUAUUUUGUGAUUAUGGUUAAUUAAUUGCUGAGUAAAAAAUGUGAGAACUUGC